UAUCUCUGAAAAAUUCCCCCUCUCUUCCAUACCUAAUUUCCACAUUAAAGUAUUAAACCACCAAAACAAUCUUCGAAUAUCAUUAUUUUCCCAUUCUUUAGCGUGGCUUUCUCUACAAAAAAAAAACAGUACUAAUCUUUGUUUCUAAGCCCACUUGCAGUACUUAUUUUGCGAUGGAGUUUACUAGUCAAAGCGAGGAGAAUAAUGAGCUGAUGCUAGCACAAGCUCACGUCUAUAACCAUGUUUAUAGUUAUGUAAGCUGCAUGUCCCUGAAAUGUGCUGUUCAAUUAGGCAUACCAGACAUUAUCCACAACCAUGGCCAAGUACCCAUCACUCUCUCGAGCCUCGUAGACAAUCUCUCUAUACCAUUGACAAAAACUGAUUCGGUCCAACGUCUCAUGCGCUUUUUGGUUCACUCCGGGUUUUUUACCACACAAAAAAUUAAUGAAAGUGAAGAGGAAGGAUAUUUGCUCACCCCAUCUUCAAAGCUCUUACUAAAAGAUGAUAAUACUAGAUUUACAUUGUCACCCUUUGUGCUCACUGUGGUGGAUCCUUUCGUGCUAACACCUUUUCUUUCCUUGAGCUCAAGUUUCAAAGAAAGCGAAUUAUUAACAGCAUUCGAGGCUAGUCAUGGUGUGGCUUUCUGGAAUUUCUUGGAGCGCGACUCUGAGCUUAACAAGAACUUCUGUAGUAUGAUGGCUAAUGACUCUCGCUUGUUGAUGAGUGUAGUUGUGGACGAGGGUAAAAAGGUAUUCCAGAAUUUGAAAUCUUUGAUUGAUGUAGGAGGUGGGACAGGGGCUGCUUCGCAAGUCAUUAUUGAAGCCUUCCCGCAUCUGAAAUGCAAUGUUCUCGACUUUCCACAUGUGGUUGCAAACUCACCUCAUGCAGGGAAGUUGUCAAACAACUUACAGUUCGUUGCUGGUGAUAUGUUUGAGUCCAUCCCUCAUGCCGACGCAAUUCUAUUGAAGUUUACGCUUCAUAAUUGGACUGAUAAGGAGUGCGUAAAAAUACUUAAGAAAUGCGGAGAAGCAAUUCCGUCCAGGGAGCAGGGAGGUAAGGUGAUUAUAAUAGAUGCUGUGGUCGAAGAGCACAAGAACAAAAAAGAAAAUAAGCCAAUAACUACUAAAACCCAACUAAUGUUCGAUAUGGUGAUGAUGACUAUGUUUGGUGGUAAAGAAAGAACGGAAAAAGAAUGGGAGAAAAUUUUCCUGGAGUCGGGUUUUACGGACUAUAAGAUAACUCCAAUUUCUGGGUUUCGUUCCCUUAUUGAGGUAUAUCCUUGAUCAGUGAACAGUGAUGAUGGCUUGGCGAUGCGCAGGCUUUUAUAUAUUUCAGUUUUAAGUGACAGUUUAAAGGGCUUGGUGUGAUAGUUAUCGGAAUUUUCUUGCCAAAAUUUCCCAGCACAAUCCUUGUUUAUGUUGAAUAUUGUAUUCCCGAUAACUCAACAGGCAUUCAACAGAUACUGUUAACGUUGAUACUGAAAAUUUAAACAAAUUGUCUCAUCAUUUCUAAUUGUAGGCACAAAACAUAUACGUAAAUGAUUACUUUGUUAUAUUAUUUACGAUCCAAAAGUUUAUGGUUGUU